CGUCCUUCUCGUUGUCCAUCCAAACUCCCAAAGUCCGAAGACUCGAACUAAUCGGACUCAAAUUCAAAAUUUCAAAUUCCCUCCCCUCUCUCUCUUCUCUCUCUCUUUCUCCACAUUUCCAUCGUCAAUGGGAAGCUCAAAUGCUCAUCCAACAACACCUACAAAAACCCCAAAUCCUAGAUCAGUUUCAGUUUCUCCUUCCAUUUCUAGAAGGACUCGCAACCCUAACUCCAUGGAUUCUUCCACCACAACAACAUCCGAAUCUAAAUCCAGAUUCGAAGCUUACAAUCGUUUACAAGCGGCUGCUGUUGCUUUUGGUGAGAAACUCCCCAUACCUGAAAUCGUUGCCGUUGGAGGCCAAUCUGAUGGCAAGAGUUCUCUCCUUGAAGCUCUUCUUGGUUUUCGAUUCAAUGUUCGUGAAGUCGAAAUGGGUACUCGUAGACCUCUCAUUCUUCAAAUGGUUCACGAUCAGACUGCCUUGGAGCCUCGAUGCAGGUUUCAGGAAGAGGAUUCUGAAGAAUAUGGAAGUCCAGUUUUGUCAGCAUCUACAAUUGCUGAUUUAAUCAAAUCCAGGACUGAUGCGCUUCUCAAGAAGACUAAAACCACAGUUUCUGCUAAGCCGAUUGUCAUGAGAGCUGAGUAUGCACAUUGUCCCAAUCUCACUAUUAUUGACACUCCAGGUUUCAUUCUUAAGGCAAAGAAGGGUGAACCAGAAAAUACACCUGAUGAAAUCCUGUCAAUGGUGAAAUCUUUAGCAAGCCCUCCUCAUCGCCUUCUUGUAUUUCUUCAACAAAGCAGUGUUGAAUGGUGUUCAUCACUCUGGUUGGAUGCUGUCCGGGAAAUCGACCCAACAUUUAAAAGGACCAUUGUGGUCGUCUCCAAAUUUGAUAAUAGGCUUAAGGAGUUUACUGAUAGGUGGGAAGUGGAUCGAUAUUUGAGUACUAGUGGUUAUCUCGGUGAUAGUGUACAUCCAUACUUUGUGGCUCUGCCCAAGGACAGGGGAACUGUUUCUAAUGAGGAGUUCCGCAGACAAAUUGGUCAGGUCGAUUCAGAAAUUCUUCGUCAUCUGCGUGAGGGUGUUAACGGAGGAUUUGAUGAAGAAAAGUUUAAGCCGUUCAUUGGUUUUGGCUGUUUAAAAGAAUACUUAGAAUCUGAGCUUCAAAAGAGGUACAGAGAAUCUGCACCAGCAACCCUAGCUUUGCUGGAACAGCGUUGUGAUGAAGUAACCACCGAUUUGGCUAGAAUAGAGUCCAAGAUAAGGGCUACUUCUAAUGUUGCCUAUCUUCGGAGGUCUGCAAUGAUGCACGCAGCAUCUAUAAGUACUCACGUGGGGGCAUUGAUUGAUGGAGCAGCAGAUCCAUCCCCAGAGCAAUGGGGUAAAACAACUGCCGAGGAGCAGUCGGAGAGUGGUAUUGGCAGUUGGCCUGGGGUUAGUGCCGAGGUUAAACCUCCAAAUUCUACCCUUAAGCUUUAUGGAGGAGCAGCAUUUGAGAGGGUGAUGCAUGAAUUUCGCUGUGCUACUUAUUCAAUUAAGUGCCCACCAGUGUCCAGGGAAAAGGUUGCUAAUAUAUUACUUGCCCAUGCUGGCCGUGGUGGAGGUGGGAGAGUAACAGAAGCGGCUGCAGAGAUAGCACGUGCUGCUGCUAGGUCUUGGAUCGCGCCCCUUUUGGAUACUGCUUGUGAUCGGCUUGCACAUGUUUUAAGAAAUCUUUUUGAUCUUGCUGUUGAACGCAAUCACAGUCGUGAUUCUUCGGACUAUACAAGAAGCAAUGGUGAUAUGGAUGGUUAUGUAGGCUUUCAUGGUGCUUUAAGGCAUUCGUACAAUUGCUUCGUGAAGGAUCUCGCGAACCAGUGCAAGCAACUAAUAAGGCAUCAUCUUGAUUCAGUUACAAGCCCAUACUCCCAGGUCUGCUAUGAACGCGACUUAUUAGGAAGUUAUGUCCAAGGUGGGUCAUCCAUCUACAGAUUCAAUCAAGCGCAAGUAUCUCCAUUUUGCAUUGAGUUAUCUGAUGGUAAGACAACUGAUCAAGAUGAAAUAAUGGGAGAUGAAGAAAAUAUUCCUCCUGAAAGAAAUGCUCAGCAGACCACUCCAGGGAAGAGUACAACCGCUAAAGACGCUCUUCGUGAAAGCCAGCUGACAGUACCUGAGACUCCAUCUCCUGAUCAACCAUGUGAUUUAGUUUUUGGAGUAGGUAAGAAGAAAGAGCAAGUAAACAGCAAUGAACUUGGAGCAAAGAAGCGGCACGCAAGAAUGGUGGCCAACAGCAGGAAUUUGGAUCACCGCCGACUCCAUAAUGGUCCCGAGAAUUUAUUUGGAAACAGUGACAUUGGCUCUAGAUCAGGCUCAGCUUAUUCUGACAUCUGUUCUACUGCUGCACAAUAUUUCUCUCGCAUACGUGAAGUUCUUAUUGAGAGAAGUGUACCGUCAACACUGAACUCUGGAUUCCUAACUCCUUGCAGGGACAAGUUGGUGGUUGCGCUUGGGAUAGAUCUUUUUGCUGUGAAUGAUGAAAAAUUCAUGGACAUGUUUGUGGCACCUAGUGCAAUCAGCGCCCUUCAGAAUGAAAGGCAAUCUCUCCACAAGCGCCAAAAAAUACUGCAAUCUUGUUUGCAUGAGUUCAAAAAUCUUGCUCGGUCACUUUGAAUAGACUAUUUUCAAUCAGUUUACUUGGUGCUAUUCGCGGAAAACCCUUUUCGUGGUUGCAAAGACAGGAUUUGGAGAACGAGGCUUGUAUAGUAUGUAUUCACUUCUUCACAUCUAGUGAACUGUGUUUUUUCUUUUUGUCUAGGUUCCAGCUUGAGCUGCUUUGUGCUUCCCAUUAGUAUUUCUCUGAAGUUUUAUAAGUUGCCUCCCCCAACAAUUUUUUACGAGAUAUAAUGUGGUUUAGUUAUUUCUUAAGAAUACUAGCACUUUUAUUCUGUUUUGGAGUAAGAAUUUUCUUAAGAAAUGCUAGCACUUUGAUUGUGUUUUGAAAUAAGAAUU